GGUGGCCUUAGCACAGGCAAAAUGCUUGUUUGAGGAGGGGGGUUCUGGGGGGAAGUUUCUGGCUCAAGGUUAUCACUCCUACAGAGAAUGCACGUGAUAGAUGAAAGUAUUACCUUAGGCUCUUGCUUGAGGUACUGUAUAAGCGUAAAGAACUCUAAGCAAUGGAGGUGGAUAGGUUGAUGCAACUUUAUUCUAGCGCGGGGGCUUUCCCGGUGAAAGGGACGAGGAGGAAAAUCAAGGAUAUGAUUGGAAAAGUGAUAGGCCAGAAGGAGGGGGUGAAUAUUAGGAGGAAGACAACUGUGUCGCUCAGAUAUGACAGCGAGGUCAGGAAAAGAGAAGUUCGAGCGGUCAUGGAAAAACAGAUCUUUGAAACGGAGCUGCACCGGACCAUUAAAAGUGCAUUGGUAAGGAAAACAAGGCUAGUUUGGAGCCGCAACAGAUCAGUGGCGAGCAUACUCUGCAACCACAGAGAAGCGGCAAAGCUAGGCGUUGGAGAUCGCACGUGCGCUGGGUAUGACCUUAAUAGACUGGACGGACAUGUGCACACCAGAAUCACCGAAGUCCUGGGCAUCAACAUGCAGAUCUGCAACGGAAAGAACAUCACCAAGCCGGCGAAAAGGACAGGGAAGACUGAACUCAGGGCAAGAGUAUUCGCAUCACUAAAGGCAACUCUAGGAGUGCGCUUGGGGAUCGAGGAGCAAGAGCUUCAGGUGGAAGGCUGCAUCGCUGAAAGAACGGGCAAUAGUGGGGCAGUAGAGGAGGAUGAAGUGAAGCAAUUGAAAUGGAAAUUCCGGCAGCUGGUCAUUACUCAGGUAGACAAGAAUCCUGGGGAACUAGUGCUGAUGUGCCCGUCGACCUAUCAGCAUGCCCUCAAGAAGAUGUUCGUCUACAACAGCGCCUAUGUACUCGCCAAGUGUGCAAACCACUAUUCUGGCGAAGAUGCGAUCCGAGACCUCGCCAAGUGGAGACCUAUUGCGCCGGUUAAUACGGAGCCAACCAAGACGGGUAGCAGGAGAGUGGCCAGGGCGCUUAAUGCGCUGCUCGUGCGGCUCCCUGUUGUUGAGCAUUUCAACAUGGGCGUGACGACACAGCUGAAGGAGAACCUCAAGAGGAUAGAGAAGGAGCAGGGUUGUAAGAGAGAAAGUGCGAUGAUGAUUCUGUGCAGUUAUGACAUUAAGGAAAUGUUUACCUCGCUGCCACACGGGGCAAUUGUGGACGCGGUUGAAUGGCUGCCCAGAGAAUGGGAAAAGAAAGGGAGAUCAAGGGUCAGUGUAAGCCGAAGAGCUAGAGAGGUGAUCUUCAACCACAAGAGUUUAGGAAGUAGCUACGUGCUGCUUACUUCAAAGACUAUUCGGAAGUUUGUGAAGUUCGAGCUGGCGCAUACGUACACAAAGUGUACCGGUACUCUGCUCAAGCAGAUUGUAGGCAUCCCGAUGGGUAAGAACUCAAGCCCGCCGCUGGCGUGCAUCCUCUGCGCCAAAUAUAAAACGGAAUUUGUCGGUUCGCUGGGGAAGGACCGUGCGCUCUUCCACAGUAUCAGGUUCAUGGAUGAUGUGGAAACGGGGGUGUUGGUGGAUAGAUGGAAUGAAGAAUCAUUCCACCGGGCGGAGGAGAUCAUGAAGGCUUUCGAAACAAGCUACGGGGAGAAGCUCAUCCUAGUGAGAACGGAUGAGGGAGACAACACGAUAGACUUUAUUGGCGCUAAGGUUCCGGUAGCGGCUGGCCCGGUCAGAUUCCUGGUUGCGCCGCAAAUGAAGAACCAGGACUGAAUUACCAGCGGGGUAAUGCCAUUCCGAAGUUUUCAAGACUUCGCAUCUUACUCCGAGAAGA